AUGGAGCCUUUGCAGGAAAUCGAGCUGAUAUCAUUAGCUGAAGACAUAGGUCCGGGCAAAUACUCUAAACUGUGCAACGCUCUUGGGUAUUCAUACGCCGUAAAUAUCUACCUAAUCAGCAGGACUCACAAGACCACAAAGAAGACUCCAGUGCAGACUAGCCCAGGUAUGGCGGCACAUGGAGGUAUUGCCGAUGAUCUUCUUUUCAAGCUGGCUGAAGACAUCGAGACGGGCGAGCAGAUGGAGGCCUUAGGACGGACACUCGGAUUCACGGUGGCAGACAUCAAUAGAUACACAGAGACCAAUAGGAUAGAAGGACGGGUGACUUGCAAGGGAACACGUGACAUGCUGUUUGACUGGAGACAGACCGUGGAGCCCUGCGACCAGCAUAUCAGACUGAAACAAGCUCUCAUUGACGCUGAGCUGGUCAUGCUUGCUAGUGCAUAUCUCAAGAGGACACCGAUUAUUCCAGAUAUCUACAGUGAGAAGAUCUCGGAAUCCUUGACUGUUCAGCAAUGUCGCAAAAAGUUGGAGAACAAGUAUCUAGAUCAACUGUGCAAAAUUCAAAUGAAGCCAUGGGAUCGCAAUGACUAUGCUGAGUUCGAAGAUAUGCACACGGUUGUCACAAUGGUGAAGAAGGACGGUCGUGGAAAAGACACGAAAAAGAAGGAAAUACUCCAGAAUUCUGUUGCUGAAAUAUUUUCAACGAAAGUAAACGGCAAACUGCCGGCACGAAUCCUCAUUUCGGCCCCGGCUGGACGAGGGAAGACCACGGCUGUUGCUAAGAUGGCUUAUGACUGGGUUCAUAGAGAAAGGGGGUCAGCAUUAGAACAUCUGCCACUGUUGUUUGUUGUGAAAUUCCGAAACACAAGUCAGCUUACAUCGAUCGGAGAAGCCAUCAAAUCACAGCUUUUGAGUGAUGUUCAUGAUCUCACGCCAGAGGGUCUGGAGAGUUUCAUCAGAAAGAAUCAGGGCAUCUGCCACAUAAUACUAGACGGACUAGAUGAAUAUGCGGGUAUUUCUUCUUCACAGCGAAGCUCAGAGAGCAAUAUUAUCAAGGUCAUCUGUUUGGAGGAAUUUCCAGAGUGUCGAGUCCUUGUAACAACACGCCCUCACCUAGAGAACUUCUUCGAUCAAGAUGAUCUUCCAAGGGUAUACACAAAGAUGUGGAUCGAAGGAUUCUCGCGAGAGAGCUCAUGUGAGUACAUCAACAAGUUCUUUGCUUCGACUUCGAAUCCUUGUAAGGGACAAAGUCUGAAGGAUUACCUUGAUGAACAACCACUUAUUGAUGAACUUGUCAAGACACCCUUAUUUUGUCUCAUGAUCUGUCACGUAUGGAGUGAGGGCCUACUGGACAGUGGUACUACAACUCAAACAGAAUUGCUGGACAAGGUGAAUGUUUUUCUAAUGCACUAUGCAAACGAACGAUCGAAGUCAAGUGUGAAAAUCACACCAAAAAAGUUAAAGGAAAUAAUUCAUCAAUUAGGCGAAGUUGCCCUUACUGGACUGCUCGACGAUGCUAAAAAACUAGUCUUCACGCCUCAUGAUUUCCAUAAAGUUCCCGCAACCCUUGAUAUGGCAUGUAGGCUUGGAAUAUUAUCCAAGACGACUGUUAACAUCACAUGCCUUCCUCAGUCCAUCGAGACCACGUCCACUACCAUUGAGUUUUAUCACAAACUCGCCCAAGAACACUCGGCUGGGAAAUUUCUCGCUGAUCAAACAAGCCGCUUCCUGUUACCAUUGAAGAUUUCCAAAUUGGAUAGAGUACUGCGCAAGAUGAAAGCAAACAUCGGUGACUACGAGAAUCUUAUCCGAUUCACUGCUGGCACGGACAACAGCCUCUGUAUACGGAUAAUGAAAGCGCUCCUUAAUAGCAGCUUUUUGGAUGAGAGCGAGCGAUAUCGCAUUCUCCUUGACUGCUCAUCAGAGACCACAGGUACUGAACGAAAUGUGUCUUCGUUGGUUCAAAGAUGUGUGAAUGCAGAGAGUAUUGUUCUAAAGUCACCGACUGUCUACACCGUCGUUGGGAUGCGAAAUCUUCCGAAGCAACUUAAACUUGAGGUAUGCGAUUUUUCCUUUGACAAAAUGUGUAUACAAUAA